AUGAAAUGCAUUGUAAUCCCAAGGGUCACUUUUUCUUCGCAAAAUAAUUCUCCGGCUCGAAUUAAAUCUGCAGAUCCGACUCACAGAAGUUGUCUUGCAAAACAGUCUUUUAUAUCAAGGAUACGGAAGAAAGCGACUAUAGGAAUUGUGGGAAGUUUUGUGGAUUUGGGAGAGCUUAGUGUUGGCUCUGUUUGGUGUUCUGAGUGGUAGCUUGAAGUCUUGAUGUUAUCGCUCUUAAGUAGGAUAGGGCCAAUGUAACUCUACUGAAGAAUUUUCAGAACCAAAAAUACCUAAUGCUUCUUUUACUGCCCGUCAAAAAUCCAAGCAUCGGUGCUCUAGUAGUCUGCUUAUUGAGCAUCACGAAAGAUAUGAAUUCGCCCCUUCUAAAAAAAGAAGUAUAGAAAAACCCAAAAUUUUUAGCAUAACGCCCCAGCCUGCCACGCCAGAAAUGACGCCCAAAAAGUUGUCAGGAAUUUCAAAAAUUCAAAGUACAUAUGAUAUUAUAAAAGGUGUUAAACCAAACUUAUUACUAUAUAAGGUAAGGAGUGUCACUAAUAUCAGAAAAAAUAAAAUCUGCUUUAAAUCGCCUGGGCAUUAUGACUCAAAAAAAGUCCUGAAAAUAACUUCAACGGAAAUUAAAAAUAAAAAUUUUUUGGAAAAAAUUAAAUCUGCAAAUGACCAAAGUAUGAUAUUCUUUUUAUUAUAAAUAAUUAUAUAUAAAAAAACAAAAUUGUCUGUUAAUUUAUUUUUUUUAUUGAUAAUUAAUAGAAUAAUUCAGAAGGUUGACAACUUAUAUCGAUCAAAAGUUUUGAGAAAUCCAAAUUUAAUUGGGAUUAAUGCAAAAAACCAUAUACUUUAA